AUGACUAAUAUACAGAAGCCACAGCUAUUGCUGACGUAUAGUGACCAUAUCAACCAUAGACACAGUGCGUCGGAGCAAGUAAUGCGAACGUCUGCGGAGCAUAAACCCGCCACCUCAUCUCAAAAAACGGCCAAAAUCUGUAAACAAUGCAAGGGGGUUAUCACGCAGAACUCCCUGAAGGCGCUUGGUGAUUACUACCAUGAAAACUGUCUGGUUUGUCACGAUUGUGGAGCUUUGUGUCGCCCGAAGUUCUUCCCUUAUGAGCUCCCGGAUACGUCUGAAGUGGUACUGCUAUGCCAGCAGGAUUAUUUCACGCGGAACAAGCUAUUGUGUUAUGUGUGCAAUAAGCCACUGAGCGGCGUGUAUUACAAUACAUUUGGUAAGCUAUAUGACGAGGAACACUUCUGCUGCACGGUUUGCGGUACCAAGUGUAAGGUAUCCUCGUGCUUCCACUACAAUGAUGAACUAUAUUGCAAAUACCACUUCCUAAAGUACUUUUCAAAGCGGUGCAAAGGUUGCAAUUACCCAAUAUCAGAUCAAUACAUUGAGUUUCCUCGCGGCGAGGAGAUUCACUGUUGGCACCCAGAGUGCUAUGGCAUCCACAAGUAUUGGCACGUAAAUCUAUCCCCUGAGUUUGUUGGAAUUCCGGAGUUACCCUUGCCAGAAGAGGGUGCCGGACCUUCUACAGAAGAUACAAAUCCUACUGUUAAUGAAAUGGAGAAAUACACAGAAUCGUUAUCUGGGUUGAUUAGCAAAACAUGGAACGUCCUUUAUCGCUUUGAGGAAGAGACUGCGUCCUGCAUAUCUGAUAUGUUCCAAUACCUGACAAGUUACGACCAGUUUAAAGGGAUUGAUUCAGCCGCCUUAUUUGUGCUGAAAUUGGAGUGUCUUUUUAAAGCUCUGGAUUCGCUGGAAUCGGUAGGUAAGUAUAGCUUUGUCGAUUCAAAGAAACAUGAACCAAAAAAUACUGUCUUGUGUGCCCCAGAGUCAGACGCGAAUGAAAAUAUGUCUUCCAAAUACUCUAAAUUCCCAAGAAAUCUUUCAACGAAGAUAAUGAUUUAUUUGCAACUUUUACGGAAAAUGGGCUCGGCAUUGAAAGAGAAGGAAGUUAGUGUUGGCUCCUUUAUGUCGGUUAUUACUAGCCUGGCGCAUUUUUUAAAAUUGCUUGUACGCUACGGCCUAUACAAUGCGUUGGAACAUAGUAAAGCUGUACACACUUCAAAUGCACUUGUUAAGUUCCUACGAGAAAUAAAGAAGAAUGAGACUUACCAGCGUGAUCCAUUUAACUAUAUUAAUGUCACUAUACAUGCCACUGACUGUUGUGCUGCUUGUGAGAAGUAUAUACAGGAAGAGUGCGUCCAGUACCAAGAUAAUAGAUGGCAUUUGGGGUGCUUUCAAUGCUCCAAAUGUAAAAAGGGAAUCGAGCUACGCGAUAUUGGAGACGCUGCCUGCAAUAAAAUGCUCAAGCAUAUUUACUGUGCGCAGUGUUCAGUCACAGAUCCGGAUUCUAAGCCGGGCUUUAAACCAAUAACCAAGCUAAGUCAAUUGAUAUUUUUACUGAAAAUUGCUUUGGUGCGUUCCAGAGUCGUAAUGGCUUUGCAGAUGAAAAACCAAGAAGUUAUGCAAAGGAGUAAUUCCGUCAAGGAAACUAUUUCUAUGCAACAAACAUAUAUUCGGACACUCAAUGAUAUCAAACGGUUGAAAUCAGGAAGACAGAGUGUUCGAAUCACCAACGAUCAACAGGAUGCUAGGAAAUCCCGAAUCUUAAAGACAGCGGAGAUUGACGUUCGAAAUGGGUCCAGAACGGAUAUGGACAAGGAGCUAGUCAUAGAGACUGAAAAUUCGAAAUCUGGUCACGGUUCUGAUUCUAAAGUCUUUAAUGGACAGAAAUCUCUGACAUUGGAUGAUAUAUCAAGAAUUGUCGCGGCAGAACAAGCAAGGGAACUCAGACCUAACGCAUUUACACACUUUACCAGAAUAAAAGAGUCAGACGAUGAAACGAACACAUUUGUAGCCAAAAAGAGCGGCACUUACUACUCAGAACUCUCAAUAGAGCAGUUUUACAGAUUGCAACUUGUGGCCUUGGCUCUUCUGGCGAAUGGCACCGUCGGUCUAGCGGUCUCUGAUGAAUGCAUACACAAACUUCUGCCCCAAACACCCAAGUCAUUAAAUCCUUCAGGUGGUUUCUGGAACAAGUUGUUCAAGACUGGCAAAGAAAAUAAAGUAAUGAAAUACAAGAAGGUAUUCGGUACACCUCUUGAAGUUCUUUCUGAAAGGUGGGGCGUUGACUCUGACCUCAGUUCUGGCCCUGCAAAGCUACGUAUACCUAUCCUUGUCGAUGAACUAGUAUCUAGCUUACACCAGAUGGACAUGUCUGUGGAAGGUAUAUUUAGAAAGAAUGGUAACAUUCGCAGGUUGAAGGAUUUAACGGCUGCCAUUAAUGAAAAUCCCUCCGAAGUACCGGACCUUUCUAAGGAAAAUGCUAUUCAACUCUCUGCUCUUCUGAAGAAGUUUUUAAGGGAGCUUCCAAUACCGCUCUUGACAUUCACAAUGUAUGAUUUAUGGAUACAAGCUGCGAAGUUAGAAUCAAAAUUCGAUGGACAACGAGUAUUUCCCCUGCUUUACACUUUGUUACCAAGUGCUCAUCGGAACGUUGCUGAGGUGUUAUUUUCUUUCUUGCAUUGGACCUCAUCAUUUUCCCACGUUGACCAUCAGAUUGGAUCUAAGAUGGAUAUUCAUAACUUAUCAACCGUGAUAGCUCCGAAUAUUCUUUACCAGGAAGCACCGAACAACGGUUCUUAUGGAGGUUCUGCAGAUGUGAUUCAUAAUACAUACCAGGAUGCAUUUGCGCAGAAUGAAGGCGAAAACUACUUUCUUGCCAUUGAAACUGUGGAUUACCUGAUUAAUAACAACGAACAAUUAAGCAUGGUACCAAUGUUUUUGUCCACUCUCUUGAAGGAAGUUGAAGACCUUAACCUGACAACUUAUGGUGCGGUUAAAAAGCACAUUGAUAUGUUGAUUGAAGAGGGUAAGAUACAUGUCAAAGACUUUGUGCAGAAGGACUCUAUUCAAGUUAAAGAGACCGCAUCAGUGACGAAGGUAGAAAUCCAUAAAUAA